UUUUCCACUUCCUCAAAUCGUUCAGCGAGGUAUGAAUUUCAAGCUUACUAAAAGUUACAUAUUAUAUUACAUUUCCAUGGUCUUCUUUUGACUAUGGCGCUUGUACCAUAUGAUGGGAAUUAUUUGCCCGUGCUCUCAAAACUACAUAAUACGUCUGCAGAGUUCCGUUUUGCUGACCACAAUGUCAGACUAACCCAGGACUGGAAUAAACUCGGAGUAGCUGCUGUCGUCUGGGAUGCAGCGGUAGUGAUGUGUAUGUACCUGGAGCUGGGGCAGGUCGAGCUGACAGGGAAGGUUGCCAUCGAGCUGGGGGCAGGCACUGGACUGGUGGGCAUCGUGGCAGCUCUUCUAGGUGCCAAAAAAGUGACCAUCACAGACCGUGAGCCUGCCUUGGGCUUCCUUGCAGCCAAUGUGAAAGAGAACAUUCCCCCGGAUCAGCUAGGAGCAGUGGAGGUCUCAGAACUGACCUGGGGCCAGGGAUUGGAGCGCUAUCCCAAAGGAGGCUUUGACAUAGUGCUGGGAGCAGACAUUGUUUACCUGGAAGACACAUUUCCAUCAUUACUGCAAACGAUGGAGCACCUCAGCUCAGAGAGUAGUGUAGUGCUACUGGCCUGCAAGAUCCGCUACCAGCGAGACACUAACUUCCUGAGCAUGCUGAAGCAGCGCUUCACAGUACACCAGGUGCACUAUGACAAGGAAAGAGACAUUCACAUCUACAAGGCUGUGAAGCUUCCAGCAAGGAGAGAUCUGUAGGAACCACUGAUGGGGGAUGUGAGGGGUUUGAAUCACAGUGGAUGGAUCAAUGUGCUGUCAAUCAUUGAUGGUUCAGGGAGCUACUACUCAUAAAUGGGCAGUCAGUGAGAUGGUUCAUGGAGGAUGGUUUUGUUUCAUGCAGGGUUGUGUCCAGUAGGGAGAAAAUAUGGAGCUACAACCCAGCUACUGUGGGUGAUUGUAAUCGUCUUAAUUUCAUUCAUCCCUUUUUGAUAAAAAUGGAUUUGAAAACAAAUUAAGACAUCUGAAAAAUAAUACCAGAAACACAUUUAUUAACAGCUGCCAAAAACAAAUAGUAGAAUCUGUAAUAUAAUUGUUUUGCUUUUUUCAUACAAGUGAAUGCUGACAUUAAGAAAUACAACGUUUACAAAAUAUGAACAGAAAUGGCAAGUGUUUUAAAAAUAAGAUGCAUAUAUGUUAUUUAUGACAGAUGGCUACGUAAAAACAAAAUAAUACAAUAUGGCAUUCUGUUAUCCAAUCAAACAGAAGACCGGGUUCAGUAAGCAAAUGUUAUGGAACAUUGCCGAUAGAAAUAUAGUUGACAUGAAUCCUUAUUUUACAUGUCAGAAAGGCAUGUCUGUUCUACAAAACAGUACUAGUUGAACAUUUGUAUCUGUUCCACAUUGUUGUGAGCUGCUGAACGCGCCCUGGUGUAAUCCCACGUUUGUUGAUGAGUUGUCAGUCUAAAUGUCAGCGAUGGAUCCCAAAAUCGAGGUCUACGUCAUCACUGCAGAUCCAAGCAAACUAUCCCUUUUAACUAACUACAUGAUAGAAAAUGCUUCUUCCCUUGUUCUAUCAGAAGUGUUUGAGGCACAACAGAUGAAAAAGUGAGAUUGUGGGGCUAAUCCUAACUUUCACUCUACAAUCCCAUUGAUGUCAAUGCAUGAUUAAUUUAAGUGGAAGUUAGGAUAUCCUCCAAUAUGAUUAUGCCUUAUGCCUGUUCAGGCCAUGGAGAAACAAACAAGAAGGAGACUCAAACACACACACUGCCUCAGACAUCGUAUACAUUACAUGAAUGCCUAAAAGCAAACUAUACAACACCCAUAGUCUACCCUUCAGUCAUAUUUCACAACUCCUCCUGUCAGCUGUGUGGUAGCUCAGUCUACAUUAGCACAACUCUUUAAAAAGGUACUCCGCGAAAUGACUUUCCCCCCGAGCAGCACCGGAGAUAUUGAGAUGAGCGAGAUGCAACACUGCCAUCACACAGUAUCACUUCACGUUGUAGUGGUAGCCAUGGCAACAAAACAGCGGAGAAGUUGAGUCUCUCGCUUCAACACACUUAGUUGUGGAAAUUGACCCACUAUGCUGUUUACAUUCUGCAUCUACGUCAUAUCGCUGAGGUUACCUUUUAAUGCCUGUUAGUUGUUGCAGACAAUCCACCCACAAUCCAUCUCCUACCCCAAAACACCCGACUUAACAAUGCUGAAUAACAAAAGUUGGCAAGCAGAAAAAUUCAAUACAUGAUAAACCAACUCAAGCUCAAAGAUAAUACAUUUCAUCUGACAGUGGUUGGGAUCUACAGUCCACAUAAAGUGUUAUUAAGUAACAGAAGAGUUAAAGCAAUCAUCAGCCUAAAUACUGAAUAG